CGGCUUUCCUUCGAUCACAUGGUGGGAAGCGGAAAACAAAGAGCAAAGCCGCCAGCUCUCCCCAUUGAGCGAUCUGGUGGAGGAGGAGAAAGGGAAAUAGAAAUAAAAAAGACAAGCGCGCAGGAGACGGUGGUGGUGAUCGAGGAGACGCAGUAGGGAUUCCUGGCGCAAACGCGAGAGAAAGAGAAAAGAGAGAGAUCGGUUGAGGAUUCCGCUUCUUGAAGGAUUCCUGGCGAGGGUGCCUUUCAAGCCGGCAACGGAAGGGAGAGCAGAGACCGAGGAUCCUUUCAGCCAGGGAAGCGACCCUAAGCGUAAGUGCAACGCCUCCCCUAAGCAAAGGUGCCACACAAUUGUAAAACGGUGUCGCGUAGUGGUUAGAGGGCUGAAUUAGGAGCGAGGAGACCUAGAUCCAAAUUCCUACUCAAGGCAUGAAGUCAGACUUUGGACAGCCCCUUCUCUAAGACUGGCUUACCUUGCAGGGUUGUUGAGAGGAGUAAUUGGGGGCGAGGAUGCAGGGUCGCCCGCCUUGAGCACCUUGCAGGAGAGCAAGAUUAAAGAUGUAAUAAGUAAAUUUUGUUGUUUAGUCGUUUAGUCAUAUCCAAUGGACCAGAGCACGCCAGGCACUCCUGUCUUUCACUGCCUCCCACAGUUUGGUCAAACUCAUGCUGGUAGCUUCGAAAACACUAUCCAACCAUCUCGUCUUCUGUUGUCCCCUUCUCCUUGUGCCCUCCAUCUUUCCCGACAUUAGGGUCUUUUCCAGGGAGUCUUCUCUGCUCAUGAGGUGGCCAAAGUAUUGGAGCCUCAGCUUCAGGAUCUGUCCUUCCAGUGAGCACUCAGGGCUGAUUUCCUUCAGAAUGGAUAGGUUUGAUCUUCUUGCAGUCCAUGGGACUCUCAAGAAUCUCCUCCAGCACCAUAAUUCAAAAGCAUCACUUCUUCGGCAAUCAGCCUUCUUUAUGGUCCAGCUCUCACUUCCAUACAUCACUACUGGGAAAACCAUAGCUUUUACUAUAUGGACCUUUGUUGGCAAGGUGAUGUCUCUUCUUUUUAAGAUGCUGUCUAGGUUAGAGGGCUGAAUCAGGAGCGAGGAGAUCUAGAUUCAAAUUCCCACUCUAGAAGAAGAAGAAGAGUUUGGAUUUGAUAUCCCGCCUUUCACUCCCUUUAAGGAGUCUCAAAGCGGCUCACAAUCUCCUUUCCCUUCCUCCCCCACAACAAACACUCUGUGAGGUGAGUGGGGCUGAGAGACUUCAAAGAAGUGUGACUGGCCCAAGGUCACCCAGCAGCUGCAUGUGGAGGAGCGGAGACGCGAACCCGGUUCCCCAGAUUACGAGACUACCGCUCUUAACCACUACACCACACUGGCUCUCUAGACAUGAAGUCAGCCUUUGGAGAGCCCCUUGCAGGGUUGUUGAGAGGAGAAAUUGGGGAGCUCAAAAUUGGGGAGCUCCUUGCAGGAGAGCAGGAUUAGAGACAUAAUAAAUAAAUAAUAGGGCAUUAUUUAUGUCCUCUUCUGUAGGACUUGUGUUGAGGAUUACAGCCAUUCCCACACAUUGAAAUGUCCAGCUUAUCUCAUUUCCCAUCGUUUCUGUUCUUUUCAUCGCACGUCUGCAAUCUUUUAUCUCUCUUCUGGGUGAAACAAACCAAAACCUUUCAAGCUCUCACUACCUAUUAAUGUAAUGUAUACAUUUUUUUCCUCUAUCUUUUAUUUCAUUUAUUUUUUAAUUGAAUUUUUACGCUGCCCUUCACCGGUAGAUCUCGGAGCGGUUCACAACAUAAAAAUACAAAGGAAAAAAAUCAUGUUAGCAUAAAAGGCAGCUAGUCAAAUUAAAAUGCAACAUAUAUUGAAAUUAUAUUACAAAUUUCAGCUAAAAAAACCCCCCAAACAAAUUGGAAAACAUCCAGCACUAAACGUUUUUUAAAAAGCCCAGGGCUAUGUACAGGGCUUUAGUAAAUAAACUGGUAGUAAUAAUUAAAAACAGCAGCAUGUGAAAAGUCUGAUAAUACUUGGGAAAGUCAUUCCACAAUUGGUGUACCAAAGCAGAAUGCUGGACUUUUGGUCUGAUCCAGCAGAGUCCUUUAUGUUCUUUCUAUAUUCUUUCCUGCAGCUUGCAGAGGUCGAAAUCUCUCUCCUCAGCACUCUUGUGGAGGUUUUCCCCCCAUCUUUCUCCUAAUCAGAAGCUCCUGAUCUGAUAGAACAAGAGACGGUACAGCAAAUUAUAGGAGUGGAGAACGCUAAGACUUCCUCAGCUGCCCACUCAGGUGAGAGACAGGAGCACAGAGAAUGUGUCAUUAUAGACCAAUAGGCCAGUUGUUCAGGGAUUUGUUACAAUGCUUCUGCUUAAAAUCAUUUUACCAGAGUAAUCCUGUGGCUGUUUGAACAAAAGCUAUUGUAGAGCUCCAUUGGCAGCUGGUAUCCAUCUGAUAGGGUGAAAGGCAGGGAGGCCAACACUAGGGGGAGCCAUAGCCCCUGAGAAGGCAGAGCGGGCAGUGCCCCCUUUGUGCUAAUGGACCAGCCUCCCUUUCUAAUAAGUAUGCUUUAAGUAUUGAUGUCUCAGGGACAGAAUUAUUAGCUGAAGAACCUUGAGGGUUUGAGACACAGAACCUCUCAUUAACUCCCGUGGGGCAGGGAGAAAAAGUGGGCCUUGAGUUUUUCCACCGUGCCACCUGCUUGGUUUCUGGCCGCUGCUAAAAAGAUCUGGCUCAGCACCAGGAAGGGAGCCGGCAGUCCUCUAUAGGAGCCAUUGAACGUUUUCUGCCCUUAUGCUCUACGUGGGGCUGCCCUUGAAGCUGUCCCAGAAACUCCAGCGGGUGCAGAAUGCUGCAGCGAGGCUCCUCACGGGGUCUCUGCCAUGGGAGCAUAUUCACCCAGUGCUUUUCCAGCUGCACUGGCUCCUGGUGGAGUACAGGCUCAGAUUUAAGGUGCUGGUUUUGACCUUUAAAGCCCUUCACGGCCUGGGACCCUCGUACCUACGGGACCGCCUCUCCCGGUAUGCCCCACGGAGAGCCUCAAGGUCCAUAAAUAGCAACACCCUAGUGGUCCCGGGCCCUAAGGAAGUUAGAUUAGCUUCAACCAGAGCCAGGGCCUUUUCAACUCUGGCUCCGGCCUGGUGGAACACUCUGCCUCAUGAGACCAGGGCCCUGCAGGAUCUGAUUUCUUUCCGCAGGGCCUGUAAGACAGAGUUAUUCCGCCUGGCCUUUGGCUUGGAGCCAAUUUGAUUCCCUCCCCCUCUUUCUUGUUUCUUUUCCUUUCUCUUCCUGCGAUGAGGCUACAUUUUAAUAUUUUAAUGUUUCAAUAUUUGAAUGUUGUAUUUUAAUUUUGUUUCUAACUUGUAUUCAUUCAACUUGUUUUUAUUAUUACUAGUUAGCCGCUCUGAGCUGGGGAGGGCGGAGUAGAAAUAAAAAUUAUUAUUAUUAUUAUUAUUAUUAUUAUUAUUAUGUGUUUGCCAUUCUCUAUUCUUUUUGGGAACAUAGGAAGUACGAAGUCAGACCAUGUAGCUCAAUAUAGUCUACACGGACUGGCAGCAGCUUACCACAGUUUCAGGCAGGGAGAAUUCUCUCCCAAUCCUGCCUGGAGAUACUAGAGGGGUUGAGCCCUGGUAUUUGAGCAGAAACUAGUCAACAUCCCUCCCCCUCUAACUCCCCGGCCAUGGUCUUCUCCAGCCUUACACUUUCUCCUUCUGUCUUUCUCUUGGUUUCAGGCUGUCCUAAGGUGACACUGAAAAUGAAGGAGGAAGAAAAAGAAGAUGAGGAAGACCUCCCGGCAGCCGGUCCCCAGGGCUCUGAGGAAAGCAAGAUCUUCCUAGGUGACUGGCUAGGUGUGGGGUGGAUUUGGAUGAUACAGGUUACCUAGGGAACUUUGCCCCCCACCCGACCAGAUUUGAAACACCAGGCCUCCCCAUUUGACUACAAGGUUGUUUCCCCCUAAAUUGUGCCCAUCUGCCCCAUACCUGAUGUUCUAUGGGGCAUGCAGAGAUGUGGAUAGUAGGGCUGCUCUCAAAUCCUAUCCCUGCAGGAAGCAGGAUUGAACUCCCUGUACACCCGUGGGUACCUUAUUAUUUAGUCGUUUAGUCAUGUCCGUCUCUUCGUGACCCCAUGGACCAGAGCACGCCAGGCACUGCUGUCUUCCACUGCCUCCCGCAGUUUGGUCAAACUCAUGCUGGUAGCUUCGAGAACACUGUCCAACCAUCUCGUCCUCUGUCGUCCCCUUCUCCUUGUGCCCUCCAUCUUUCCCAACAUCAGGGUCUUUUCCAGGGAGUCUUCUCUUCUCAUGAGGUGGCCAAAGUCUUGGAGCCUCAGCUUCAGGAUCUGUCCUUCCAGUGAGCACUCAGGGCUGAUUUCCUUCAGAAUGGAUAGGUUUGAUCUUCUUGCAGUCCAUGGGACUCUCAAGAGUCUCCUCCAGCACCAUAAUUCAAAAGCAUCAAUUCUUCAGCGAUCAGCCUUCUUUAUGGUCCAGCUCUCACUUCCAUACAUCACUACUGGGAAAACCAUAGCUUUUACUAUACGGACCUUUGUCAGCAAGGUGAUGUCUCUGCUUUUUAAGAGGGAGUUCAAUUCUGCUUGGUCACAAAAUGACAGGUGGCUAUUCUAAUGUGUUCAGUUUGUAUAUGAAUGUGUUUUGGGUCCUUUUCUACUAGUUCACAUUAGCUAUGAAGCUAUACGGAGAGCCUCACACUUUCUGAUUCUGAGGGUCUUUCCCCCACCCCACCCCCGCCACUAGAUUUUAUUUUCUUCUUGUAGUCGUGGAGAAAGAAAGAUUCUUCAUCAUGAUCAUUCAUUCAUCCCAUAACUGUGAAAGUUUGUUGGGUCGUAUAUCUAUUGACCCACAGAGUCUGCUGCAACGGCCCUGCAAUUGUAGAACUCCAUUGGCAGCUGGUAUGCAUCUGAUAGGGUUAAAGGCAGGGAGCUGGCAGUGCCCCCUUUGUGCUAAUGGAUUUCUUGCCACUCCGACAAACUUCCAAUGGUGCCCACACGCUUCCACUCCGCGCGCUGCCACUCUCUCCCGUUGCCGGAUAAUAGCAGAGUCCACACACAGCAUCAAAUGGCUUAUCUGUGGCAACGUGGUGUCCUCAAUAACGCAGCUCGACACCAGUGCUUCUAAUCCAAAACUCUUUAUUUAGUAGCACUCAAAACAGAAAAGAAAACCUGCAGAAUCUAGCUGCAUGUUCACAGCUCUCUGCCUCUUAACAAAAAACGGAAGGACCUUGCUAGCGUUCCCAGACAGACUGCUCUCCAGAGAGAGCUCAGCCCCCACAGAGCACAGAUCAAAGCAAACAAGCAUGGAUCAUAUGGGCAGUGCACCCAGUUGAUAAGAACGCUCCUGGAUUGUUAACCCCUGACAGUCCAGAACCACAACAUUAACAGUUAUCACGGGUGGCGCUGUGGGUUAAACCACAGAGCCUAGGGCUUGCUGAUCAGAAGGUCGGUGGUUCGAAUCCCUGUGACAGGGUGAGCUCCCGUUGCUCGGUCCCAGCUCCUGCCAACCUAGCAGUUCGAAAGCACGUCAAAGUGCAAGUAGAUAAAUAGGUACCGCUCCGGCGGGAAGGUAAACGGCAUUUCCGUGUGCUGCUCUGGUUCGCCAGAAGCGGCUUAGUCAUGCUGGCCACAUGACCCGGAAGCUGUACGCCGGCUCCCUCGGCCAAUAAAGUGAGAUGUGCGCCGCAACCCCAGAGUCGGCCACGACUGGACCUAAUGGUCAGGGGUCCCUUUACCUUUACUUUAUAAUCUGCUUUUCGCCCAAAAGUCCCAGGGCAAGGAAUGUUAUACUGCCCAAAGCAAACAUUUUUAAACCAUAGGAUUGAAACAGUGUAGGAAAAAAACAAAAUACAGAAUCUGCUUACAAUAAAACCACCAGCAGCGACAGAAAUUCAGGGGCUUCAUGUCACCCCCACCCCAAAAUCCUGAGAACAGAGAUGCAACUUCACCGGCUCAUGAAAUGACACCAAUGUUGUGGUGAGGUCCGCCUCAGAGGGGUUGGUGCUCCAAUGGCAAGAGAGAGCCCUGUGCAUGGGACUCCAUCCCACAAGUGUCCUGAGGUGUGUGGGCCACCAGCAGACCUUCCUCUCAUACAGAUCUUAAUAUGUGGGCAGCUCGGAAUGGGAGGAGGCAGAGAAACUGCCUGCCACUCAUGAUUGAACCAUCCUCCUGUGCCUCACCUUCUGACGUUUUUCUCUUGAUCAGAGUUCCCUGACGUGACGAUAAAGGUAGAAGAGGAACCAUGGACCCCGAAUCAUCAGAUUUCUGAGGAAAACAGCACUUCCCCAACUGCCCAGUCAGGUGAAAGAUCUAAUCGAGAAACUGGGACCCAUUUAGCUAGGGUUGAUAUACUGUGGUACCUCGGUUUCUGAACGUCUCCGUUGACGAACAUUUCGGUUUUCGAACGCCGUAAACCCGGAAGUAAAUGCUUCAGUUUUCGAACACACCUUGGAAGUCGAACAUGCCACACGGCUUCCACUGAGUGCCUAGCAGUUGGCUGUUGAGUUUUUGGUUUUUGAACGUUUCAGAACUCAAACUGUCUUCCAGAAUGGAUUACAUUCAAAAACUGAGGUACCACUGUAUUUCAGAAAGUGAAAAUUCGGACCUUUUUUUUUUUGGCAAAGUUGUUGAGGUUGUUUUUUUAUUAUUCUUUUCGGCCAAAGUUGUUGUGCAAAAUCUCAAAAAUGAAAUUUGGCAAAAUCUAGACUUUUGACAUGGGUUGCCAUAUGUUGGGAUUUCCCCAGACAUUUCAGUGAUUUCUGCUUCCAACUGCUGUAUUCCAGCUAUGUCCGGGGAAUUCCAGAUGUAUGGCAACCCUAAUUUUGCCAUCAUCUGUGGGCAGGCCUCUUCCUGGUUUCCCAGCAUUCCAGUGGGGUGGCCAUAUUCAUCUCUGGCAGCAAAAUACAACAAAGCGUUUUGUGGCUCCUGGAACGCUGAAGGAUUUAAUGUGGCUUAAGCUCUUGUGGAUCGAGGCCCACCCCACCCCACAACAACUCCAUAUGCGCAGCCAGCAAGCUGUGGGGCUUCCCACAAGACCCUUCACAAACUUUGGAGGUACACGUGGGGGUUAAAAUGAACACCCCUCUGGUGCAUUUCACAUUAUUCCCUACGUGAUUACGUCGGCGUCUUCUGCACUUUAGCAGAAAUUUCAGUUUUCAAGCCCGAGUGGGAUUCCUGGAUUUUAGUGAGGAGGAGAGAAGGCUUGGGUUCUGUAGCACACAAAAAAGAAGGGAAGAAAACGAGGCUCCAGGCCACACCACUGGUGAGGUAAUGGAGAAGCCACCUCAUUUGAAAGCUGUUGUGUAUUGAGGGAGGUGAGAGGAAUUUUUCCACAGAAAACUAGCUGGCACUCACCGUUGCCUUCCCUGUAUUGAUCAGGAUUCCCUGAAGUAGUGGUAAAGAUAGAAGAAGACGAACCUGAUGGUGGAGGCAUGGAGGGAAACAAGGCUGUUGGGACUUCAUGCUCAGGUGAGGGGUGGAUUCCCCUAAAAUGCACAGGUAACCAGAAGCAGCUCUCCACGUGGGCUAGACCCACAACACCAGCGCCUCAGCAAGUGUGUUGUAGGGUGAGGUGGCAGGGGGGUUGGUGCGGUGUGGACCCAUAGAAACACCGGAUUUGCUCUGCCGCUGCGCUUGCCCUGCUGCCUUCCCCCCUCCCUCUCCCAGUGACUUACUCUGAAUCUGUGGCACACCUCUCUUCUAUUGAUCAUCCCCAGGUUUCUCACAUUCUCCCCAACCUUGAAACACCCAAGAUUUGAACGUUGUGGGAAGAAAACCUUAAUAAAGGCUGGCUUUGGCAUUUGAAAGCCUUGAUGUGUAGCUUUGAUCCUUAGAGAGGAGGAUAGCACGGGGCAGAAACAGAAACACCCACCCACCAGUGGUUCUGUAGUCUUGGAAUGUUCUAGAACCCAGGAGAAUGCCCCAUAGCGUUCUUCAUGUCUGCAGCCCCAUUGUGUCUGUGAUUCCAAAGUAAGCUUGUCUGCUGAACUGGGCACCCCUCUCCCCUCACAUUAUUCAAUCAAUCAAUCAAUCAAUCAAAUGUAGAUGUAGAUUUUUUUUCAGUUUUGUUGUUCUGUAUGGGACAAUGACAAUAAAGAUUAUUGUAUUGUAUCGUUAUAUACUGCUCUACAUCCGAAGAUUUUGGAGCAGAUGGAAAUACUGGGUGGAAGCACACAAAAAAAGUUAAAACAAAACAAUAAGCCUCUCCCCACUCCCACAAACAUAUUUAAAGGCUGUAGAAUACUAAUCAGCCUGGCUAAAGAGGAACAUUUUGGCCUGGUGCCUAAAGACAUGUGAUAAAGGCGUCAGGCGAGCCUCCCUGGGGAGAGCGUUCCACAAAUGGGGAGCCACUUUAGAAAAGGCCCGGUCUCGUGUUGCCUCCCUCUGGACCUCUUGUGGAGGAGGCACACGAAGAAGGGCCUCAGAGGAUGAAUCCAGAGUCUGGAUCGGUUUAUUUGGAGAGAGGUGGUCCUUGAGGUAUUGCAGUUCUGAACUGUUUAAUAGAGGCUGUCAGAACCGGCUGCCCUGUGAAGGAAGAGAGAGUCUGAAUGCAAGGCUGUGUCUUAGAGGGAAACAGAGGCAGCCCGCAACAGCAGAACCACCUGUCUUAUAAUUACAGAUAGGUAGCCGUGUUGGUCUGCCAUAGUCAAAAUAAAAAUAAAAAAAAUCCUUCCAGUAGCACCUUUCAGAUACACUGUGUAUCUGAAGAAGUGUGCUUGCACACAAAAGCUCAUACCAAGAACUAACUUAGUUGGUCUUAAAGGUGCUACUGGAAGGAUUUUUUUUAUUUUUAUUCUGUCUUAUAAUAAUUGUUGCCCAAGAUUGCCUUUUUUCCUCCUCCCUCCCAAUCCCAUUUCUUUUUGUGCCAUGUCUUAUGGAACACAAACCCAAGGUCCUAUUUUCGGCAGGAUUAAAUCCUUAAAAGAAAGAAUAUGAUUAAGAUGAGGUUGUCCGGAAGAUGUGUCUUUCCCGAGAUCCUCUUAGAUCUCUUUCCUCCCUCAGGGCUUCCUGCGGUGACUGUGAAGGUGGAAGAAGAAGAGGAGGAGCCCUGGGAGUCAGAUCAUCAAGGCUGUGAGGAAGGUGAGGCCUUCCCAAGAGAGGGAAGAGUCUGGCUGUGAGAUAACCCCCACAUCUCCCCUUGCAAUACUAAGAAGCAGAGUGGUGGGAGACUCAGGGUGGACAACAGGAGGAGGCCCUUCUUCAUAGAACACAAAUUAUGACGUUCACAGCCCUUAAGAUGUGAUGUCUGCCAACUGAGCUGGCUCUUAAAAGGGGAUCAGGCAAAUCCGGCUAUUGAUUAAUAAGGCUAUAAAUUGCACCUAAUUGCACUACCUGAGUCAGUGCCAGUACCUCUGACCCUAUCAAGUUAUGACUGGGAUAAUCCAGAGGGUGCCCUCCAGAUGCAGUUAGACUACAACUCCCAUCAUUCCUGACUGUUGGCCAUGCUGGCUGUGGCUGAUGGGAGCUGGAGUCCAGCAACUUAUGCAGCCCCCACCACCACUGCCACUCUGAGCCAGAAUUUCAACACCUGAUCUUUUUUUCUAAUUUUAUUUUUAAAAAUAAUAUUUAUUACUUUUAAACCUUACAAAAAAAGGGGGGGGGAGAAGAAAAAACAUACAAUACAAUAUAUAAACAAUACACAACACAACAUUAACACAUUAAACAAUACAAAAACAGUACAAAAGCAAAAACAAUUCAAAAAACACACAUCACACCAUCUCAAUAUCCUCUCUUUCAUUCCCUUGUUUCAUCGACUUCCUCUCACCUCCCUUUUUGUAUUCCAUUUCUAUUAAUUGUUUCAGCAAAUCCUUUCCAUCUUUCUCUAUUUUCUGUCAUAUGAUUAUCUUAACAUAUUUUAACCUUAUUUUCCAUUAAAACUAUAAUGCUUAUUUAUACUUAAUUCCUUAAAACAUUUCUACUAAAGCCAUAAAAUUUCCUUCCAACAUUUUUCUAACAUUCAUUAAUUUUACAUUAUUUCCAUAUAUAGAUUUUAAACUUUUUCCAAUAAUCUUCCACCGUCUCUUCUCCCUGGUCUUGGAUUCUGCCAGUCAUUUCCAUCCAUUCCAUAUAGUCCAUCAACCUGGUAAUCUUCUGUCUGAGGCUCUUAACUCUUUUCCAAGUCCCUUCUGUGAGUCUUCUUCAUGUUUAUACAUGCACUUUACUUUGUCUUCUCCUGAUCUUGUUCUUAUUUUCCUUCCUUUGAUGCUGAAAAGUAAAUCUCGAGGAAAUUCCCACCUAGUAUUCCUUCUCAACAAAUCAGCCAAAUCUGCAUAGUUAAAACUAAAAUUCACAAGGUAUUUCUAGUCGUAUUUUAAAGUUCCUCCAAGUCUAGCAGUCCCCACAACUCCAGUCUCCUCCUGACCCAAGUCCAAGUCCCAAAAGUCAAUAAAUCCCUGCAUGAAGGGAUCUAUCCAACUUUCCUUCUCCAAUCCAAGCGGGGCUCCAAUCCUCAAAGUCUGGCUUUCUCUAGAUUCAGUCAUAAAAGGCAUCCACUUAUAGUCAUCAAAUUGCAUCUGUGUGGCUGGGGCUCUGACAACUUUCUCCCCCGCCUUCUCCUCAAUUUGCCAUGUCAAGGUAGAUCCCUGUAUCGAUUCCUGAAUAGUCUCUGUAUUAAUAUUCACUUUUUGUCCCAAAUUAGUCACUUUUUGCUCCAAGUCAUCCGUCUUCCUAUGGAGCUGUUCCAGUGAGUCAUUAAUCUUACAUAAUGCAACCACUAAGGCUUCUUCUGUCAACAUUCUUUACAGUCCAAGGUCAAUCCCAAAUUCUCAUGGUCUUGUCUUACAGCUGGAAAUUCCCCACUCAACUCAUGUAACAAUUUCAAAGGCUUCCUCUAGGGGGAAACAAUUUCUAUUUGUAUCAAUCCUUUUAAGCACAAUUCAAACAAUAGAGUUAGUUUCAAUUUUCAAUUACAUUUACUCCUUUUUAAACGCAGAAGGAGACAAUGGAAACAAUGUAUUUCUCUUCUUUAACUUACUGUCAACAAACGAUCUAUUCACAGUCAAUGAACAUAUCCAAAACUUCAGUCCUACUAGCAGCCCGUUUCCAGGUUCAGAGCGGUGGUAAUUUGACUUUCUUCACUCUCCUGCAGGCUUACGCGGUCUAAAAAGAAUUCCCCCCUCUCCUCCUGCUUCCAAGGGGGGUUUGAUGAUUUUAGCCGAUGGAAGUUUAAUCCUUUAUGAAAAGCUUUCCAAGACUUUAGCUUGCAACCUUUUUGCUCCAGUCUAUUUACAAAAGGGGAAGGCGGACUUCCUGUUUGAAACCUCCCCGUUUCGGUACCAAAUUAAGACGUUUAAAAAUCCAAUUUUCCGUUCUACUCACAGGUAGUUGUUUUAAAAUCGAAUUGUCCACAGGAAAAAGUCAGCGCUCUCCGGCAACAGCAAUGCGGCUUCACUCCGUGAAAGAAGCAGUCAAUUCUUUCGGAUCCCCGAAACCGGGUUUCCCCGCGAGUAGGGGAGGCGCAAAAGGUGCCAGCCGAAUCCCACGUUCACAGGCUUCUCCUGCCUGUGAUUUUUUGUGGGUCCCCGCCUUCGCCGUGGCGGUCAGACCCUAAUUGCCACGAAGCGAGUUCCUCCCAGUCAGAGGAAUUCAGCCAUUACCGGAGGCGCUAACCCGGAAGUCUCCUCAACACCUGAUCUUCUCCUUCUGCUCCUCCAGGAUUUACUGGUGUGAUAAUAAAGGUGGAACCAGAAGAGGAGCCCUGGCUCUCCAGUCUCCAUACAACUCAGGGAAGUGCGGCUGUCUCAGGAGUCCAGCCAGGUGAGGGAUUCAAUGAUGAUGUAACGAAUUCUUGGAGCGCUUCAAAGCCAUCAAAGUGGUGUACAAGACCCAAACACGAACACACAAAAAGACCCAAAACACUACAGUGGUGCCCCGCAAGACGAAUGCCUCGCAAGACGAAAAACUCGCUAGACGAAAGGGUUUUUCGUUUUUUGAGGUGCUUUGCAAGACGAAUUUCCCUAUGGGCUUGCUUCGCAAGACGAAAACGUCUUGCAAGUUUGUUUCCUUUUUCGUAAAACCAUUAAUACCCAGGGUGCAUUGCUUGAAGAGGUGCAGUUGCGACUUGACUUCAAGGAGCAACUCAUAGCACGCGGUGUGGUAGCCUUUUUUGAAGUUUUUGAAGACUUUGCUGAUUUUUGAAGCUUUUCCAAAACUUCUUUUGCAGCCAUUUGGUAAGUUAAACUCUUAAAUUUUGGGGGGGGGGUUGGAUUUUGGGUUGGGGUGUUUGGAAUUCAAGGACUUGGUGUUGGGGAGGGGUUUGCAAGAAUCUGGAAGCUUGUGAGUGAUUUUUCUGCAUUUUUAUGAUUUUCUGUGACCAUUGGGCCACUCUGCUGUUUUUUUAAAAAAAAAUUCUGGGUUUGAAUUUCUGUGUGGUGGGUGGCUGGGGGAACAGUUGAGGAGGGGGUUGCAAGAAUCUGGAAGCUUGUGUGUGUUUUUCUGCAUUUUUAUGAUUUUUUGUGACCAUUGGGCCACUCUGCUGUUUUUUAAAAAAAAUUCUGGAUUUGAAUUUCUGUGUGGUGGGUGGCUGGGGGAACAGUUGGGGAGGGGUUUGCAGCAGUUGGGGAGGGGUUUGCAAUUUCUGUGUGGUGGGCGGCUGGGGGAAUAGUUGAGGUUUUUGAAGACUUUGGUGAUUUUUGAAGCUUUCUGUGUGGUGGGUGGCUGGGUGCUUUUGAAUUUUUUGGAUGUGAAGCACUGAUUAUUUUUUUUGGGUUUGCGCAGGUAGGAGCUGUGCUGCCAUGGGACCCAAGAAGACUGCUGCUGCAGAGGCCGGCGAGGGGAAGAAGGAGAAGGUUACGCUGGAAAUGAAGAAGGAGAUCAUCCGGAAGCACGACAGUGGAAUGCGUGUGACAGACCUCGCGAGGGAGUACGGGAGGAAUCCAUCGACCAUCGGGACCAUCCUGAAGAUGAGGGAGAAGAUCCUUGCGACUGAUGCAGCCAAGGGAGUCACCAGGAUCGUGAAGAACCGCCCAGCUGUUCUGGAGGAGGUGGAGAAGUUGCUGCUCAUCUGGUUAGAAGAGAAGCAGCGUGCAGGGGACACAGUGACUGAGGCCGUCAUUUGUGAGAAGGCCAAGGCCUUGCACGCAGACCUCGUCCGGCAACAGCCAGGAACCUCAGGUGAGCCAGAAGUCUUCAAGGCAAGCAGAGGUUGGUUUGACCGGUUCAAGGCAAGAUCUGGAAUCCACAGCGUGGUCAGGCAUGGAGAGUCUGCCAGUUCUGAUGUUUCUGCGGCUGAAGACUUUGCAGUGGAGUUCCUGGAGGUUGUGAAGACGGAGGGCUACAUUCCACAGCAGGUCUUCAACUGCGACGAGACCGGGCUGUUUUGGAAGAGGAUGCCCAAAAGGACUUUCAUCACACAGGAGGAGGCCAAGUUGCCUGGCCACAAGCCCAUGAAGGAUCGUCUGACCCUGCUCUUCUGUGCCAACGCAAGCGGCGAUCUGAAGAUCAAGCCCCUGUUGGUGUACCACUCGGAGAACCCACGGGCCUUCAAGAAACACAAGGUCGACAAGGAGCGGCUGAGUGUCAUGUGGCGAUCCAACAGUAAGGCUUGGGUCACACGUGUGCUGUUUGUGGACUGGGUCAAUCUUGCUUUUGGCCCUGCUGUCAAACAGUACCUGCUGGACAACGACCUGCCACUGAAGGCUUUGCUUCUGAUGGACAAUGCUCCUGCUCAUCCUAAAGGCCUUGAGGAGGACUUGUUGGAGGAGUUCAGCUUCAUCAGCAUCAUGUUCCUGCCGCCUAACACCACGCCACUGCUCCAGCCGAUGGAUCAGCAGGUCAUCGCCAAUUUCAAAAAACUCUACACCAAGGAGCUUUUCAGGCGAUGCUUCGAGGUGACUGAUUGCACCACCAUCACCCUGUGGGAAUUCUGGAAGGACCACUUCGACAUCAUCAUCUGCUUGAAGACGAUCACCACGGCCUGGAACGGCAUCAGCCAGAGAAAUUUGAAUUGCGCUUGGCGCAGCCUGUGGCCGGACUGUGUGGCACCAAGUGACUCUGAUGCACCAGAGUCAACAGUGGUGCAGGACAUUGUUGCCUUGGGGAGGACCAUGGGCCUGGAGGUCACAGAGGAGGACAUCAGCGAGCUGGUGGAGGAGCACGACCACGAGCUGACCACCCAGGAGCUGGUCGAACUGCAGGCAGAGGCUGCGCAGGAGCAGGCCUCGCUGGAAGAGGAGGAAGCAAUUGAGGAGCGGCUGUCCUCCAAAGAACUGAGGGACAUUUGCCUGAAGUGGAAGGAUGUGCAGGCUUUUGCACAGUGGCACCACCCUGACAAGCAUGUGGCACAUGACCAUGCGAACACUUUUGAUACGAGGGUCAUGUCGCCUUUCAGGGAGGUGCUUAAAAGGCGGAUGAAGCAGCAGUCCAUGGACAGGUUCUUCAGCAAGAAGCAAAGAGUGGAAGAGGAACCUUCUUCGAGUUGUCCCCCAGAGUCUUAGAAAAUGUACUGUACACUUUGUUGAUUUUUAAAUGUUUUUCUGUCAUGUUUAGAAACUUAUUGUUCCUUCAAUUUUUGAAAUGCUCUUUACAGUAUGUGUGACUUUAAAGAGCACUUAAUAAACUCUUGUACCAAAUUUGGCUUUGUUUGGACUUUUUUUGACCAUAGGAACGCAUUAAUUGAAUUUCAAUGCAUUCCUAUGGGAUUUCGUGCUUUGCAAGACGAAAAAUUUGCUAGAUGAAAAAACUCGCGGAACGAAUUAAUUUCGUCUUGCGAGGCACCACUGUAUAAAAACAAUAAAGCCAUCCUCACAAAUUCUGAAAACAACAAAAUAGUUUUAAUCGGGUAUGGUAUUGUUCCAUAGCUAACUGAGUCAUCCCUCAGGGAAACUCUUCGUAAAACAAAAAUGUCUUCAGUCAGCACCUAAACAUCACAAUACUAGAUACCUGGAAUAUACCUUUCCAGGCUGGGCUGUAUGCACGCAGCUGGAGACUGUGCCUGCAUGGAAAUGUCCUCUGCUCAUCCCUGUUCAAUCCCCUCUUGGUUCUGGGAGACAGAGGUGCUGGAGAAGGUGGGGAAGCACCUGCCUCCUCAUUUGCCUCCUGACCAGCCUUUUCCUCUUCUUCCAAUCCAUCCUGGGCUCCACACUCCAGCUCUGAAACUUCCCCUGCCUCUGACUCUUGCCUCCUGACUGGAAUAGUAAAGGUAAAGGGACCCCUGACCAUUAGGUCCAGUUGUGACCGACUCUGGGGUUGCGGUGCUCAUCUCGCUUUACUGGCCGAGGGAGCGAGCAUACAGCUUCCGGGUCAUGUGGCCAGCAUGACUAAGCCGCUUCUGGCGAACUGGAGCAGCACACGGAAACACCGUUUACUUUCCCGCCAGAGCGGUACCUAUUUAUCUACUUGCACUUUUAUGUGCUUUUGAACUGCUAGGUUGGCAGGAGCAGGGACCAAGCAAUGGGAGCUCACCCCGUCGCGGGGAUUCGAACCGCCGACCUUCUGAUCGGCAAGUCCUAGGCUCUGUGGCUUAACCCACGGCGCCUCCCCCGUCCCUUCCUGACUGGAAUAGUUCCCCACAAAUCACUGGCCCCAGCUCCCAAGUCAGAUUCCAGGCCUGUUUCCCCUGACACACACUUGUCAGCAUCUUGCUAGUCCCUGCCAGGAACUCGUAAUCAAUACAUGAAGCAGAACGAUCAUUUGCGCGGGAAUUGAUGUGCAGUGUCCUGAUUUCCCUGUUGCUUCUGACAGGCAAUGGCGGCGCCAAAGAAGAGGUGGAUUUUCUGCCUGGUAGCAUGAAGCCCACAGAGCCCAUGAGGGCAUCGUUGUUGAUGUCCAGAGGGAGCGUUUUCCGGAGAGCCAAUCAGUACAGAAUAGAAAGGCAGCAAGGAAGCCAGGCAGGGAAGAGAGUUUGCAAGAAGCCCUACAAAUGCUCCAAUUACGGGAAGGCCUUCGUCUGGAGAAAAUACUUCCUCUCCCAGGAGCGAGGCCACGCAGGAGAGAAACCGUACGCCUGCUCCCACUGCGGGAAAACCUUCAACGGGCGCUCGUACCUCCUCGCUCAUGAGAGAACCCACACGGGAGAGAAGCCCCACAAGUGCUCGCUUUGCGGGAAGGGCUUCAACGUGAAGUCUUACCUCCUCGCUCACUGGAGAACCCACACGGGGGAGAAGCCCCACAUCUGCUCGUUCUGCGGGAAGAGCUUCAGCGGGAGGUCCAACCUCAACCGGCACCAGAGGAGCCACACGGGAGAGAAGCCGUACGCCUGCUCCGCCUGUGGCAGGGGCUUCAGCCACAAAGCGCACAUGACCCGCCACGAGAGGAUCCACACGGGCGAGAAGCCCUACAAAUGCUCGCGGUGCCCGAAGAGCUUCGGCCAGAGCUCCACCCUCAUCUCCCACGAGAGGACCCACACGGAGAAGCCCUACAAAUGCUCGCACUGCGAGAGGAGCUUCGGCCAGAGCGGCAAGCUCGCCGCGCACGAGAGGAGCCACACGGGCGAGAAGCCGUACGAGUGCCCGGCUUGCGGGAAGGGCUUCAACCACCGCUCCGACUACAUCAUCCACGAGAGGACCCACACGGGCGACAAGCCGUACGCGUGCGCUGUCUGCGGGAAAAGCUUCAGCGGGAGGUCCAACCUCACCAGGCAUGAGAGGAGCCACACCGGCGAGAAGCCGUACCUCUGCUCGGUGUGCGGGAAAGGCUUCUGCCACAAGGCCCACCUCCUCCGCCACGAGAAGAUCCACACGGGGGGAAAGCCCUACAAGUGCUCCAACUGCGGUGAGAGCUUCAAGCACCGGACGGACCUGAUUGGCCACCAGAGGAGCCACUCGGGGGUCAAGCAGUACACCUGCACGGCCUGCGGGAAGAGCUUCAGCGGGAAGUCGAACCUUAACAGGCACAAGAGAAGCCACACGGGAGAGAAGCCCUACACCUGCCUGGUCUGCGGCCGGAGCUUCAGCCACAAGGCACACCUGAUUCGGCACGAGAGGAUCCACACCGGGGAGAAGCCCUACAAGUGCUCGCACUGCAUGAAAAGCUUCAACCAGAGUUCCACCCUUACUGCUCACGAGAGAACCCACACGGCAGGGAAGCCGCGCAAAAGCUGAGCUCGGGACACGGCAGGUGUCCGUUUCGGAGUGCAGAUCCUAAACGAGAUUGUGAAGUGAUUUGUGCGUGAUGUGCUUUUGAAGUUUGUGUGUCACCUCACUCAACUUUCAGGAAAAGAGGGCGUGGGUGUGUGUUUUUCAUUUCAGUCGUAUACAGUGGUACCUCUGGUUGCGAACGGGAUCCGUUCCGGAGGUCCGUUCGCAACAUGAAAAGAGCGCAACCCGCAGUGGCACGUCUGCGCACGCGUAUAUAUAUAAUUUUAGUCUCAGAAUGUGAGGGGCACAUGGCAGUGGCACUCCAGGCUUUCUAUGAACUGAGGAUUUUCCUUCAUUCUUCCCUCAUUAUCGAUUUGGGAGAGAAAAGAAUACAGUGGUACCUCUGGUUACGUACUUAAUUCGUUCUGGAGGUCCGUUCUUAACCUGAAACUGUUGUUAACCUGAAGCACCACUUUAGCUAAUGGGGCCUCCCGCUGCCGCCACACGAUUUCUGUUCUCAUCCUGAAGCAAAGUUCUUCACCCGAGGUACUAUUUCUGGGUUAGUGGAGUCUGUAACCUGAAGCGUAUGUAACCCGAGGUACCACGGUACGUAAUCCUCUCCCCCUCAUCAAAAACAGAAUUACCUGUCAUGAAAGAAGAUUGUAGCGCAGCGAUAUAGCACUUAGCUUGCUGACAGAAGUUUAAUCCCUGGCAUCUUCAUUUUAAAAAGGGGCGAGGACUGUCACAACGACCGAGGGACUGCCCAGAAAGGUCACAGAAAGGCUUUUUAGAUUAUAGAAAAGGCAAGUAAGACAGGGUGGGAAGACAUGAUAAGAGGUCAGUAUGGAGAAGGUGGAUGGGGAGACGUUUUUCUUGCUCUUCUCAUCAUAUUAAAACCUCAGGACACCCAAUGAAGCUAGAGGGCAGGAGAUCUCGGACCAGCAAAAGGAGAGGCUGCUUUGCAAAGGGCAUACUUAAACUGUGGAACUCACUGCCCCAUGAUGCAGUGAUAGCUUCCAACUUGGGCAGCUUACGGUGGGUUAGACAAAUUCACGGACGUCAACGCUAUCAGUGGCUACUAGUCAUGAUAUAUAUUACCUACAGUAGCAGAGGCAGCCUACCCCUGGGUACCAACUGCUGUGGAACAUGGGUGGGAGAGUGUUAUUGUGCUCAGAAGCAUCUAGCAAACCUCUGGGGGAAAUGGAGAAUGCCGGGCUAGAGAGGCCUUUGGUUUAAGAGGGUGAGAGACACUCACAGAGGUGUGCGAAGAGCCAAACAGAACAUCCAUGAGCAGAGGCAUUGUAUCUGAAUAUCAGGUGCUGGGGUCAAGUAUCCCUCUGUCUGACAAAAAUGGGUCCUGGACCAUGAAGAUGAAUGUCACAAUAAAUCUGUUGGCCGGA